UCAAGUGCCCUACUCAGUUUUAUAUGUGACUUUAUUUUUGCUGCAAUAUCUAACAAUUGAUUUUUGCAAAGGUGUAAAUUUAAGCUGAACAGUGUGUGUUACUCAAAUUUUCUAUAAUUUUUCAAAAGAAAUUCUUUCUCAGUAAAUAAAUUUGUAAUAACCUAAAGUAAAUUUAAUUUUACAACUUUCAUUGAAUGAAAUUAUGGCAUACGACAACAGCAAUUGCCUUGUAUGGUUGGAUAUUGAAAUGACCGGACUUAAUAUAGAAAAGGACUCCAUUUUAGAAAUUGCUUGUAUAAUAACUGACAAAAGUUUAAAAAUAAUAACUGAAGAAUUUAAUGUUGUAAUUAAUCAUUCGGAUGAAGUUUUGGAAAAUAUGAAUGAAUGGUGCAUGAACACUCAUUAUAAAACAGGUUUGGUACAAGAAUGUAAAUCCAGUACGACUAGUCUGAAAGAGGCAGAACAAAUGUUUCUUAACUACGUAAAGAAAUACAUUCCAAAAAAUACUUGUCCAAUAGCUGGUAACACAGUUUAUAACGAUCGUCUAUUUUUACGAAAAUAUAUGCCACUAGUCUCUGAUUAUUUUCAUUAUAGAAUUAUUGAUGUUAGUACAAUUAAAGAAUUGACUAGAAUGUGGUACCCAAAAAUUUUUGAAAAUAGUCCUAAGGAGUCUCACAAAGCUAAGUGUCAUCACAGAGCUUUUUAUUGA